GCCGCCCCGCCUUGGGUUGUGUGUCUGUGGCUGCGGUGUGCCGAGCGGGGGGGCCCGGAGCCCUGACCGGGGUGGGAUCAAAGCACGGCGCAGGCCAGGCUGGGAGGAGCUAGCCCCGGCGGGGAAGGCGAGGUCCUAGUGCGGGAUCAAGAGGGAGCUGGAGAGCCGGACUGAUGGACGGCGCGCACAGGGCCAGGGGAUGAGACUGGUGCAUACCUUAUAGACCGGGACCCCACAUAUUUUGGACCCAUCCUGAAUUUCCUCCGUCAUGGCAAGCUGGUACUGAAUAAAGACAUGGCUGAGGAGGGGGUUCUAGAAGAAGCUGAAUUCUAUAACAUCGGCCCUUUAAUCCGAAUAAUCAAGGACAGACUGGAGGAGAAGAACUACACCGUAACACAGGUGCCUCCGAAGCAUGUGUACCGGGUGCUGCAGUGCCAGGAAGAAGAGCUCACUCAGAUGGUUUCCACUAUGUCAGAUGGAUGGCGCUUUGAGCAGCUGGUGAAUAUCGGGUCAUCCUAUAACUAUGGGAAUGAGGACCAGACAGAGUUCCUGUGCGUAGUCUCCAAAGAGCUGUACAACUCACCCAAUGGCCUGAGCUCUGAGCCUAGCCGCAAAGCCAAGCAAAUUAAUCUACUCAGGAUUCUGCCAAUUCUUUCUCCUGUCCAGAUUCCCUCUCCUGCUCCUUCCCACCCGUGGGGUUCUUGUCACCUCUCUCCUACUUCCUCCCUUCCACACAGUUCUUUCCCCAAGAAUCCCUCCCUCCACUCCCCUCUUCCCUCACUCUCUCUCCUCAUGCACCUAGGUUCCUGCCUCCCCUCCCACCUUCCACUCCUGGAGUCCUGUGUGCUCCCUGCUCAGGAUCCUGUCUCCUCCUGCUCCUCACUCUUCCUCCUCUGCAGGUAUGGUACCUGUCUGCACUCUCAGACGUGAGUCUGAGCUCUGCAUGAGUGACUUUCAUCUCCUCCCCUCUUAUGGACCUGGUCCUGGUUUGUAGGUCUUUGGUGGGGGCAGGGAGUAGUUGAUUCUUUCCUUACUUUGUGCUUUUCUGAUUCUCUUUGUGUGUGUCUGACUUUUUAAGCAGGCCUUAUAGUUCUGGACUAGAGGCUCUGGCAGCAGAAGGAAGAGCAAAGCUGUGAGACAUUGAGAGGGAUGGGAACCAGGGCAAAGAAGAUAGAGGGGGAGCUGGGGAGAGUGUUGUAUUUCUGCCUGGCAUAUGUGCACACAGGACUUUUCCCCAGCAGCUUCUGUUUAAUCCUCCUCUGAUAGCUGAAAGAAUAUUUUGCAUGAAGAUUUCCAUAUAUUUCCCUGCCUUUAAAAGCAGCCUUUGCCAUCUGGGUGUUUCCCAUCAUAUUCUGACAGGGUAAGCGUUCCGGGGGGUGAAAAUAGAAACUAGGCAGCUCUCUGUGAAGUGCACCCCAAUUUUUGGCAGAGAGAGAGAGAGAGAACGUUGGCUCACUGCCCUAGCUGUGGUGGAGGUGGUGAAGGGGGUGAGGAGGCCUGGAGGAAGGAGCCUUGCUUCUCUGUUUUUAGAGUGCUUUCAGGAUUUGUGCUAAAUUGGAGGUUCCUGAACCCCUCUUCCCACACCCCUAAGAUUAGAGGGAGUCAUUGGUUCUCUGGUAUUUGCCAGGCUCUCUCCAGCUCUCUGUUUAGGGGUCUCUCUGCCCUCAGCUGUGGGGCCUAAGUAUUACACUGAGUCAGUAUCUUUUACUGACAUGGAUUUUCCUUCCUCCCUCUUUCUCUCCCUCCCUCCUUUUUCAUGUCUCUUUCUUUUCUGUUCUCUCAUCACUUUUUGCUUUUCCUCUUCCUCUCAAUUUGUGCUGUUCUCCCUUUCUCCUCCAUGCUUGAUUUCUCUCUGCCUUUUGUUUUGUUCUUUCUCUCUCUCUCGUUUUCUAGUUGUUACAAGCCAGAGGCCUCAGGAUGUGAUACCAACAAUCAACUCCAGCCUUUUAAUUUCCAUUGAAAAUCUUUAUUUUUGUACUGUAGUUUAUGGCAGCCCUCUGGGGGAAAGCGUCGCAGCGACUCCACUCCUCACCCUCAACUUGUUGCCUUUGUUUUUAAAGUUCUGUUUUGGAAUAUCGUUUCUGAAGCUCACGCCUGCAUCCCCCCUGAGAAAAGCAGAUACCCCCGCCUGUGUGUCUGACUUGCUGCAGGGGAUGUAAUCCACACCCUGCAAUCUCCCCAGGCCCACAGGAUUCCCCUUCUUUAGGGUCACAGUCAGUGCUUAAUUUGUGC